AUGGCUCUCUCUGCAACCGAAGACGCUAUCGAUUUUCACCACAACUCGUGUCCCUUCCAGCCAGCUCGUGGGCCAAAGGAGGUUUGGGACGCUUUCGACCCAUCCUCACGCAGAUUUAGUGAUGCUGGCAUGAAUAUUGAAUUCAACCAUGACAUUCCCACUCGCGAUGGAAUCAAGCUACGAGCAGAUAUUUACCUGCCACAGGAUAUAUCAGAAGCCACAAAGUUGCCUGUAGUCCUCGCCAUCACUCCGUAUGGCAAACAGAGCCCCUUCGAUGUCUCACUAAUCCCAGAGAGCAGAGAGUGGGAUGCUGGGUUUAAUGGGGUCAACUUCUCAAAGUAUACGCUGUUCGAGGGGAGCGAUCCACACUUCUGGACUCAACACGGCUAUGCCUAUGUAGCUGUUGAUUCUAGAGGAAGUUUCGCAUCCGAGGGCGACUUUCUCCCAUUCCUCUCGAAGCUGAGUGGCCUCGAUGCGUAUGAUGUUAUUGAGUAUAUGGGCACUAGUGUGGGGUGGUCCAAUGGUCGUAUUGGUAUGAUUGGAGCAAGUGCACUUGGUGCGGUGCAAUGGCUUGCGGCAGAGUUUCAGCCACCACAUCUCGCUUGCAUUAUGGUUCAAGAUGCGCUGACAGACAUGUACCGUGACGUCGCAUUCAAGGGGGGUGUCUUGCACAAAAACUUUUUGGAGGGUCUGAAUCAAAUAUAUCUCGCACACGGUAAUGCAAAAGGGUCUCUCGUGACUGACGUGGCUACGGCUUGCGAGAGAUAUCCUUACUACAACGAAUUUUGGGAACAGCAUACUGCUGGAAUCGAGAAUAUAGUUUGUCCGGUCUACGUCAUCACCAGCUUUGCUGACAACGGGGUCCAUACUCCGGGAUCCAUACGGGGCUACCUGGCCGCAAAGUCGGCCCAAAAGUUUAUCGAGUUACAUCCGUAUCUCAAAUGGGAAUGGCAGUUAACAGCUGAGUCACUGGAGCGACAACUUGCCUUUUUCAGCAAGUUCUUAGAGGGACCUGAUCACCGCCUCGCCCAGUCUGUCGACUUCUGGCCUCCUGUCAGACUACAUGUGACUGAGAAACAUUAUGCCGGCUCUUGGAGAUCCGAGAAUGAAUUUCCUCUCGCUCGCACUCAGAGAGUCAAAUACUUUCUGGGCAAGGAAGGUCGACUUGAAGGCAACUCCACAAAGGGAUCGGACGCGGUCACUUACAGCGCAAAGGAGGGUACUGUACUUUGGACGAAGACCUUUUCGAAGCCAACUGAAUUUACCGGAACGGGGCGCUUGCAUCUUGCGUUCUCUAUCUCCUCAGGUAAAGAUGCAGAUGUUUUUGUGACUCUCCAGAAGCGCGAUCGCACUGGCAACAUCGUCCAUUUCCCCUUUCACUCAUUUAUCAAUGACGGCCAUGUGGCUUGGGGCUGGAUCUCAGCAUCGAAAAGAAAAGUGGCCGACCACGCAUAUGGAGACGAGGUAGUCUACACCUUCCGAGAGCAGGAUGUACAACCACUCCAGCCAAACCAGAAGGUUGAGCUCGACAUUGGCAUUCAACCCUCUGCCACAUUGUUCCGUAAAGGGGAGACUAUCCAAGUUGUUAUACAGGGGCGAGAUUUCAAUGAUUACAGCCCGUCGUGUCAAGUCGGUCGCGCUGGGACAGGGUGUAAUGAAGGAGAGCACACCAUUUUUUUGGAGGGCAGUUAUGUCGAGCUGCCCCUAAUACCACAAAAGUUCAUCUGA